CGCAGGGACGCAGCCCUCUCGGCUCUCGGUGUUGGGCCAGGGGCGCAGACCACGACGGUGUCGGCGCCUCGAGUGCAGGGAGCCGGAGCCUCGCUCCCGAGGGCCCCGACGGGCGGGUGGGCGCUCUGCUCGGGGCCCUUCGGCCGAGAGCCUGUGUCCCCCUCAGCAGCGUCGCCAUGUCCUCGGUGUUCGGGAAACCCCGCGCUUGCAGCGGGCCGCACUGCGCACCCCUCGAGGUCAACCUGGCCAUCCUGGGGCGCCGUGGGGUGGGCAAGUCCGCCCUCACUGUGAAGUUUCUGACCAGGAGGUUUAUCAGCGAAUAUGACCCCAACUUGGAGGAUACCUACAGCUCUGAGGAGACCGUGGACCACCAGCCUGUCCACCUGAGGGUCAUGGACACUGCAGACCCGGACACUCCCAGGAACUGUGAGCGCUACCUGAACUGGGCCCAUGCCUUCUUGGUGGUGUACAGCGUCGACAGUCGCCAGAGCUUUGAGGGCAGCAGCAGCUACCUGGAGCUGCUCGCUCUGCACGCCAAGGAGACACAGCGUAGCUACCCAGCUCUGCUGCUGGGCAACAAAUUGGACAUGGCACAGUACAGGCAGGUCACUGAGGCAGAGGGUGCGGCCUUGGCAGGCAGGUUCAGGUGCCCUUUUUUCGAGGUCUCUGCCUGCCUGGACUUCGAGCACGUGCAGCAUGUCUUCCAUGAGGCAGUGCGGGAGGCACGGCGGGAGCUGGAGAAGAGCUCCCUGACCCGGCCCCUCUUCAUCUCUGAGGAGAGGGCCCUGCCCCACCAGGCCCCGCUCACUGCCAGGCAUGGGCUGGCCAGCUGCACCUUCAACACACUUUCCACCGUCAGCCUGAAGGAGAUGCCUGCUGUGGCCCAGGCCAAGCUGGUCACCGUGAAGUCUUCCCGGGCCCAGAGCAAACGCAAGGCACCCACACUGACCCUACUGAAGGGCUUCAAGAUCUUCUGAGGGCCCAGAACAAAUGCAAGGCACCCACACUGACCCUACUGAAGGGCUUCAAGAUCUUCUGAGGGCCCCUCCUCGGCAUCCCAGGCUCAGCGCUUGGGCAGCGCUGCAGAACACAGGAUGGGUUUUUGCCACCUACUUUCCCAUUGAUGGAACAAUAGCCUUCCCCCUGGUGAACAGCUGACCCCCGCCGGCAGCAAGCAGUAUCCUGACUCCCAGUUCACUGUGUGAGCUGGAGGGGUAGGCUGGAAUGUUGCUCAUAUUCCCUCAAAGCUCUGGUUUCCAUGGUAACCAAUGCAUUCCCUGACCUUGGAGGGAAACAGCCACUGCAAGAACCCAGAGUCUGGGGGUCAGCCUUAAGUGGGAGGAAAUCACCUCUUCCUGGUUCAGUUAGUGUCGGGCCAGAUGUGACCCCCGGUGGAAAGUUUCAAGUGGACAGCUCCAGGAGGCCCUGCAGAAGUGUAGCCAGAGACCAUCCUGCCAGAGAGGAGGCCGUGAGGGCCUACAACCCCUGAUGGACAGGAAGGGCACUGCCUGACUUCACAGAAGCCCCAGGCAAGGACUGUGGCUAACAGACCCUGCAAUUUAUCCAAGUAAAAUCUAAAAUAAUCCACUGACAGAAGCAAAGUGCCAGAAGGGCUAUUUCCUACACUUUGCCACUAGAUGACAGUGGAAAGAAGGGGGUUAGAGGUAGCCCAGGGGAGGGAACCUCCCCCAGAGGCAGUGGUCCCAUAUUUUCCCACCUUAAAUUAAGGACUCGGCCCACAGACCCUUAGGACCAGCCUUCUUAAAGGAUGAAAACUGUGAACAAGGUUGGUCUCUCCAGCGAUAAUUGCCCGGGACUCCAGGGAGCCUACAACUGGCUGUGUCAGACACCCAGCGGGCACUAUUGGAUGGCUACUAAUUUGUAAUCUGGUCCUGCAGGCCCAGUAUCCUUGCAAGAGAGUCUGCAUAUUCAAAAUUCACUUUUGUAAGAUAGAACCCAAAUUAUUUUUGAUUCAUAAAUCAAAUUUCUGCCUAAAUUAUUUGGGAUUGCCACCCCAGCCUACACAACACUGUGACUCAGACUGAAGAUCACGUCCCUCCCUUGGGAUCCCAGGGUUAGCAAGAGAAGGAAGGUUUUUAGAGGCAGGGCACCCUACCAUUUCCUGACUCUACUGAGGGGGCCCAUGGCCCAAAGGGAGUUGUUCAUGAGCCCUCAGCAGAUGAGCAAGUACAGGAGAGCGGUCUUGGGGGUGGAAGGAACAAGACAAGAAGGGGAUUCUGAGCCCAGAGUCCUGAGCCUUUCCCUCUCAGCAGUUGCAAGAGCUUGGAUUGAAAACACCUCUGACCCAAACUUCAGUCCCAUUCUAUAGAUGGAGAAACUGAGGCGGAGGGAAGCUGCGAAGUCCUCAAAACCACAUGAGGAAUCUUGGCCAGGCCUCCUGACCCACAGGCCAGCUAUGGAUUUUGUGCUUUUAUUUUAAGCCAUUUAUGUGAGGAACACCACCAUCUGAACAAACUAAACAAUUCCAUCUGCCCACUUCCAGAAGCAUUUCAAUAAAAAGGUUUCGUUAUCAUAACAGAAUUUUCAUUUGACUGCAGUUCAUUCAUCUUCUAACAAUGUGGGGGCACUAGGUUUCAGAUUCUUCUGGAUCUGGGAAGAGAAUACCGGACACUUUGCUCUCUUUUAACUCAGUUUCCAUCUGGGCCAAGUUGGGUUUUACUGAGAGCAAAGUUUCUGUCACCAGGUUCUGGCUGUUGUUAUCUUUGGUUUCUGCCUCAUCCAAGCAGGGAACUUCUGGAGUUUGUUUUUCCCGUGGCAUCAUCUUUUGAUUUCUGAGAGGAGAGAGAACACUCUUGAAUAUGAAUUCCCUGGACUGGGGUGCUGAGUAGUGGGGACAGGACUGGGUCCCCCAAAUUAGUUAGGGGGCCUGAGGAAGUAUUGGGGGAGAAAGUAGAGAUGGUUUGCUGUUUUUUGGCAGAGAAACAGCCGCUGGUGCAUCGGCUCACCCAAGCCUCUUUGUCACUGGUGAGCUCAACUAUUACUGCUACUACUCCCCUUCCAGGUGAGGAAAUGCGGCUCAAAGAGGCCAAAGAAGAACAUAGCUGGGACACACAUUUAAGUCUCAUGACUCUGAGUCCUGUUUUCUUGUCACCAAGCCACAACUUUUCUCAGAUCUGUCAUCCUUCUGAGAGCAGGUCCUUGUCACCCCACAUCCCACCACCAUCCUCUCUCCACCCUGACAGAUCACAGCAAGAAAUUCCUAACUAAUCUCCUUGCCUUUCUCCAGACCAUCCCAUGCAUUCCAGUCUUGUAUCUAAAGCCCCAUGUGCACACAUUGGUGGCAAAGAGGCUUGGGUGAGUCUCCACAAUGGCACAGACCUUCCUCCUCCUUCCUUGAGCUUGAUGCAUGCUGCCUCUGGGUCUGAAAGGCUUCUUCAGUCCAUCCUUCUCUCUUUGCCCCAAAGGACGCCAUCCCACCUGUGCUGCCACUACACCUCAGUCCCACACUGACCAUGUGCCACUCAGAAGUGCUGUCAUCUCCCCACCAUACGUAAGCUCCACAAGGCCAGGGCUGGAUCUAUCUUGCCCACUACUGUGGACCCCACUCUCAGUGCAGAGCCUAUAUUUUUAAUAUUUCUUCCAGGUGAUUUUGUGGCAUAUCAGGAUCAGAGAGUACUGUCAUUGUAAGAUGUUAUAAUUACCCCAGAAGCCUCCGUGGACCUCAGGUCUCUAUGCUUUGCAUCUGGCUUGGAGUAGGACAAGGCUUACCCUCUCAUAGCAUCCCUAACUCUGCAGUAGGGUGCUUGGUAGCACCACUGGGCCCUCCCCACACCCUGAGAAGGAAGGAGUUAGUUAUCACCCAACCUGAUUUGGAGGUAGGGAGUGUCUUGCCCAGCUAGUGAAUGGCAGAGCUGGGAUUUGAGCCCAGGGCUGUGCGACCUCCUGAGGCAGGGAAUCUAACCUCUGCAAGAUAUCAGGCCUGCCUUGCUUGUUGGCCAGGGCCAGGGGCUGGUAAUUGGUGAUAGUUGCUGGUUUUUCAACAGCUGUGGGUUCUCAAGGGACCCUGGGUCCUUUGCUGUCCCAAAGGGUGGAGAGCCAAAAUCCCAAGAUGGCUCCUUUCUAGAUUUCCCUUGGAAGGGUGGGGACCCCCACCCUCCAGAGACCAUUCUAAACAACUCCUUACCUGUUUGCUCGGAUGCUCCUUACCAGGAGGAAGAUGCUUAUCGCGAUCACCACGCUUGCCAGAACAAAGAUGGAAUAAUUCCAUGGAGACGCUGGGGAGGGACACAUAGGACAGAGUCUUGAGGAGAGGUUGGGUGCCCCUCAGGCCUGCAGACAGUUGGGGCUUGGGCUCAGACCCAGCCCACCGCAUCAACUGUCCCUUGCUGUGGACCAGGUAUUGUAGAGAGACUCCAAGACAAGCCUCCUGGCCUGGGAACUCCAGUGUGGGGGAAAGGGGGAGACCAUUUCUGCUCUGGAAAAGACCUAAGUUAAUGGGGGAUGACAGCACUGCAGUUGGGUAAUAGUGGGGCAGGGGUGGAGAAGUGGGUCAGAUAAACGCCCCAGUCUUCAGAAGGCUGGCCCUAUGCAAUGCAAGGAGAGGAAGGAUGAUCUGCCCACAGAUAAUAUAUAAAGUGGCUAAUCUAAAUUUAGGUAAUCAAGAGUCAGCCACACGUUACCAAAAUGACCUCAGAGCUUUUGCAUUUACUGUUCCCGCCACCAAGAGAGAAUGUUCUCCCCUCCCCCCUCCAUUAAUAUGCAUGGCUAAUUCCUCUCCCUCCUGAAAGCCUUUAUUCACAGGUCACCUUAGUGAGGCCUUUCUUGACCCUUUUACCUACUCUCACCCACACUUCUUCCCCUCCCCUUUAGGCCAAGCAUUUUUGUGUUUUUUUCAUUAUUUU